AUGGGUCCGUACGAAGACCCUUGUCUCGAUGCCAAUACAACAGCACUUGCAGAACUUAGCCCUUUAUUGAAGAAAGGAUCGACGCUUGUGUUGAACUACGACUAUGGAACAACUACAAAGCACACGUUUACGGUACUCUCAACAAAAACCGUCAAGGACCAACGCGUCGACUGCUUUCCCCGCCGCAAGCCAGAGCCCCUUCGUUACUUCAAGCCGUUUCGGAUCCAUGAAAUAUACCUCGAUGCGGAAUACGCGGCUCUGGACCACUGGAUCUUUGAACGCGAAGGAUGCACUCAAGUCAAUCUCUUUCAACCAGGACGCAAGCAUUGUUACGGUUACUUGGAAAAUGAAAGCAUCAGCGAAGCGCGGAUGAUCUACGUUGCUGAUAAGCCCCAAUCUCUCAAUCACUACCUCGACUGCUUGAACGUAGCAGCUAGAAUCAAGAAAGGCUCAUCGUACUCUUGGCACUCUGUUGUCGUCUUGCCCGAGGGAUCAAAGAAGAUCGACAAGUAUUGCCAAGACUUAAAAGAGGGAUUCAUUGAUUGCGCGGUUGUUGAACACAACAACGAUGACGAUGAUGCAGACAUCCCAACUCUAGUUAAGGCGUUCCCCAAGUUGCUGCCUUGGCUGGAUAUCGCAAGGAUAAGGCAGUCAAGAAGGGUUGGAUUCGAUACAAGGACAACACUCUCAUGGUUGUCACUGGAAUGGGAGGCACUUCGAGCUGUCCCCGCGCACCCAAAGGAACUGCCUACGACGGAGCGGGCUUCCACGUCCCAGGUCCUUCUGACGAGGUCUUGCUUCGCUGCCAAAUGGAGCUCACCUCUCUCCACGCCUUGUUCUGCACAGUCGAAGGUUUUCUCCAAACCUUGUAAGCAACGCUUGAAUUUGCCAAGUGCACGCUAG